AUGUCUUCCCAAACAUCUGCACCACAGGCGAACACCAUCUCCAACAAUGUCGAUCAAGCACCAUCCUCCGCAACCGCCGCCGUCCUCGUCCCUUCCGUGCCAGUGCCAGACGACGUGAGAAAAGUCCGCGGAGUCGAUUUCAACGACUAUGUCGAUCGUGAUAUAACAGUUUCCGAGCUCGUGUCGAACAUGUCGACCAUGGGAUUUCAGGCUAGUGCUAUCGGAGAAGCGGUACGGAUCAUAAACGACAUGCGAGCAUUCCGUGACCCCGAGACUGGAGAGGGCACGACGAUUUUCAUGGGGUAUACGAGUAAUUUGAUAUCAUCGGGUUUAAGGGAGACACUACGGUUUCUAGUACAGCAUAAACACGUCUCGGCGAUUGUGACUACGGCUGGUGGUGUUGAAGAGGACUUGAUCAAGUGUCUUGCGCCGACAUAUCUUGGAGUUUUCAGUACGCCGGGUGCAGGACUCAGAGCACAAGGGUUGAACAGAAUUGGAAAUCUUAUAGUUCCCAAUAGUAACUACUGCGCGUUUGAGGAUUGGUUAAUUCCUAUUCUUGAUAAAAUGGUUGAUGAGCAGGAGGACUCAAAAGUUGCAGCCGCCAAGUCCGGGGAUCCGGAUGAUGAAUUACAUUGGACGCCUUCGAAGAUUAUCAACAGAUUGGGUAAAGAGAUCAACAACGAGGAGUCUGUGUGUUAUUGGGCAUGGAAGAACGACAUUCCCAUCUUUUGUCCCGCUUUGACAGAUGGGUCAUUGGGCGACAUGCUCUACUUUCAUACCUUCAAAACUUCCCCCAAACGUCUACGGGUGGACAUUGUCGACGACGUGAGACGAAUUAAUACAAUGUCUGUACGCGCCAAAAGGGCGGGUAUGAUUAUCCUCGGCGGUGGAAUUGUCAAGCAUCAUAUCGCCAAUGCGUGUCUGAUGCGAAACGGCGCAGAAAGCGCGGUGUAUAUCAAUACAGCCCAGGAAUUUGACGGGAGUGAUGCAGGGGCGCGGCCCGACGAAGCCGUCAGCUGGGGCAAGAUCAAGGCUGGCGCAGAUAGUGUCAAGGUUUAUGCGGAGGCUACAGUGGCCUUUCCAUUGAUCGUUGCCAGUACUUUUGCAAGGGCCAGUCGGGAUGGCGUUGCCGGAUCGAAGCAAGAGACCCCACGGAAUUGA